GGCUUGUGAUAACGAGCACAGCACCUCCUGACCAUUAUGUAGCUCUUUCACCAUCAGAAAUCAAUCAUCGACAAUGGCCGACGGAAAUUCAGACUGGAGGCGCGAGGAUGAUGAUGAGGGCGAGCAGGAAAUUGACGAAACUAGCUACAAGGCCCAGACGGAUGCAAUAAUCCUCGCCAUAGAUGUCAGCGAGUCAAUGCUGGAGUCACCUCCGGUUUCGGCUUCGAGGAAGGCCGACCGAGACAGCCCGUUGGAGGCGGCCCUGAAGGUCGCCUAUCACCUCAUGGAGCAGCGCAUCAUCUCCAAUCCCAAGGACAUGAUGGGCAUCCUGUUGUUUGGCACGGAGAAGACCAAGUUUCAGACGGACGGCAACGUUCGGGGAGGGCUAGGCUAUCCAAACUGCUAUCUGUUCAUGGACCUCGAUGUGCCCUCUGCAGACGACGUCAAGGCGCUCAAGUCUUUGGUCGAGGAGGGUGAGGAUCAGGAUGAGGUCCUCAUACCUGCUGCAGAGGGAGCCUCAAUGUCUAACGUACUGUUUUGCGCAAACCAAAUAUUCACAACCAAGGCGGCCAACUUUGGUAGCCGCCGCCUGUUCAUCAUCACGGACAACGACAACCCACACUCGUCUGACAAAGCGGCCGCAUCGGCUGCCGCCGUACGGGCCAAAGACUUAUACGAUCUCGGUGUCACGAUUGAACUCUUUCCGAUAAUCCGUGGGGACGUCACCUUUGAUCUAGCCAAGUUCUACGAUGAUAUCGUCUACCGCGAUGCCUUGGCUGAAGCGAACCUGGGCACCGUCUCUGUUUCCAAGUCUGGGGAUGGGUUGAGCCUUCUUGGGUCACUAACAUCUAACAUAAACUCCAAACAGACACCCAAACGGGCAUUAUUCUCUAACCUUCCACUGGAGAUUGCUCCAGGCCUGCGAAUUUCGGUCAAAGGGUACAACGUUCUGCACCGCCAGACUCCGGCUCGGACAUGUUACAUUUGGCUCGAUGGAGACAAACCACAGAUUGCGGCCGGCGAGACCACUAGAAUUGCUGAGGACACCACGCGGACGGUAGAGAAGAACGAGGUCAAGAAGGCGUACAAAUUCGGCGGGGAAUAUGUCUAUUUUUCACCCGAAGAGCAAAAGUCCCUGAGGGACUUUGGCCCGCCUGUGAUCCGCAUCAUUGGCUUCAAACAGCGGCGCCUGCUUCCGUCCUGGGCUGGCGUGAAAAAGUCAACAUUCAUAUACCCCAGCGAGGAAGACUACGUUGGUUCGACGCGUGUCUUUACAGCUUUGUGGCAGAAGCUUCUCAAAGACGACAUGGUGGGCUUGGCAUGGUGUGUGGUGCGGGCAAACGCACAACCAAUGCUCGCGGCCAUCGUGCCGUCCAGGGCACCAGUGGAUGAGGGAUCCGGGACGCCGUACUUGCCAGCCGGGCUCUGGCUAUACCCACUCCCAUUUGCGGAUGACUUGCGGGAUGUCAAGCCACCAGAGAGUGUGCAACGGAGCUCAGAUGAGCUGCGGUCCAAGGCCAGGGUCGUUGUACAGCAGCUGCAACUGCCCAAGGGCCUCUAUAACCCAGCCAAGUAUCCCAACCCUGCACUGCAGUGGCAUUACCAGAUCCUCAAGGCCUUGGCUCUGGAGGAAGAGGUGCCGGACGAGCCAGAAGAUGCAACAAAGCCCAAGGGCAAGACAAUGAGCAAGCGAGCAGGCGGCUAUAUGCAAGAAUGGCACGAGCUGCUGGAGGAAGAGGUGAAGACGGUGGCGUCGACGAAGGCACUUAAGCGACAGGCUGGGGAUGAGGGUGAGGCGGAGCGGCCGGCAAAGCAGAGGAAGACGGCUUCGGAGAAGCCCAAUGCGUCGUCGAUGACGACGUCACAACUCAAGGCGGUGGUGCAGAGUCAAGGGAUCGUGAAGAUGACGGUGGCACAGCUGCGGGACGUGGCCGGCGCCAAGGGGCUGAGCACGAGCGGCAAGAAGAUGGAUCUCGUUGAAAGGAUAGAGCAGUGGGUGGAGGAGAACACAUAGGGCGCGGGAACGGGCAGGGUUGGCUAUACAAGACAAGGGCUAGGCAGGAGGCGAACACAGAUAUUAGUGUGGUGGUGGUGAUGCCGCCUGUGCCGUUUGCUUUGAAACGGC